AUGACGGUGACGGACUGCAAAGAUGGCUGCUCGAAACAUCACUCAACACCAUCGUUCCAGAUAAAGAAAGUGCUCAAGAUCGGAGACAAUGACAAACAAAUUAGUGAGAAGUCGUCAGAUAAUUGUACGAUAUGUGGUAAUGAUUUUUUCGAAAGAGCCUCCAUUAUGAUGCUUUCGAAAAGUAAUGUCGAGAAUAAAGAGUACGAAUGCGAACUCUGUGGUAAAAGUUAUCCUCUGUUCUCCUCCUUAAGUCAACAUGUCGAGACGCACAUCGGCGAAAAACUGCAUCGCUGCGAGGUGUGCGGCAAGGAUUUCUUUAAGAGCUGUGGACUUGAAGCUCAUAUGAAAACACACACCGGUGAAAGACCGUUUCACUGCGAUAUAUGCAGCCUCGACUUUGCUUGCGUAUUUACAUUGGAAAUGCACACUAAGACACAGCACACCGACGAGAAACCUUUCCACUGCGAGCUGUGCGGUAAGGACUUUGUACUGCGCACCAAUUUGAAAAUGCACAUUAAAAUGCAUAUGGGGGAAAAGCUGUGCAACUGUAAAGUGUGCAAGAAAAACUUCCUGAUAAAUUCUCUCUUGGAAAAUCAUCUUCAAAACCAGAAACAACAACAAAAGGAAAGACCAUUUUACUACGAACUUCGAGGUAAGGAUUUUACCAUUCGCAUGCAUUUUGUAUUGAAAAUGAGUGGAAGCAAAAACUGCGGCGGUGAUAAGCUGCAGAUGAACCACGACAAAUGCAAAAUAGAAAUACCAUAUAAGGUCACGUUACAAAUACAAAUUCAAAACCCGAACGGGGAGAAAGCGUUCCACAGUAGCGUCUGUGGCAAAGAUCCUACAAUUGAUACCCAAUUAAGGGAACACACGCCUAAAAAGAGCCUUCAUUUUGUCAAGUGCAUCAGGAAGGUCUUGCGCCAGAUUCCUUUUCAUCACAAUACACCCCAAGAGAAAAAAUAA